AUGCUACAAAUUGCAUAUGUUGUUGUUAAGGGUGAAACUAAAGACUCAUGGACCUGGUUUCUAGAGUCAUUGAUACCUGAUUUGGGAGGAGUUAGGUUGUGCAUAACCUAUACCUUAAUUAGUGAUCAACAAAAGGGUUUACUGCCAGCUCUUGAUGAAUUACUUGGUAAUGUUGACCAGAGAUUCUGCGUUAGACAUUUAUAUAGCAACUUCAGGAAGAAGUUCCCUGGCCUGAAAUUAAAGGAAUUGAUGUGGAGGGAUGCAUGUGCAAGUUAUGUUAAAGCUUGGAAGAAAAUAAUACUUGAAAUAAAAGGAGUUAAUGAAGAGGCCUUCAAACAUCUCAUCAAAAUUCCACCAAGAUUCUAG